AUGUCGUCCAUGCGCGGUACGUUCCACUGGCAACCGUUGCUGAGUUUGCUGCUGAAGAAUAGGGGUUAGGUUUGGUGCAAUUUAUUGCCGAUUUACGGAAUGCCCGAGCCAGAGAACUGGAAGAGAAACGGAUAAACAAAGAACUGGCGAAUAUACGGUUAGUCUACGAUUGCCCUCUUCUGCUAACUGUUACUGACGGCCCCCAAGGCAAAAAUUCAAAGGCAGGCAAUUGAAUCCAGAGCAUGGCGACGGUGGCUAACGUAUUUUAAAAAGACGGUAACUUGAAUGGGUAUCACAAGAAGAAAUAUGUCUGCAAGGUAGGGUGCUAUGUUUGUAAGCUCUUUGGCGGUUCUCGGUGCUGACCUGUUAGCUCCUCUACAUCUAUAUUCUUGGAUGGAAUGUCGAUUUCGGCCAUUUGGAAGCUGUCAACCUGAUCUCCGCUACGAAGUACUCUGAGAAACAGAUCGGAUACCUGGCCGUCACUCUAUUCCUCAACGAGAAGCACGAUUUCCUGCAUUUGGUUGUGAAUAGCAUAAAGAAGGAUCUGCUGGACCACAAUGAGUUGAAUAACUGCCUGGCGCUGCAUGCCAUUGCAAAUGUCGGAGGUCGUGAGAUGGGAGAGGCAUUGAGUCCUGACGUUCAUCGAUUGUUGAUCUCGCCGUAAUCUCCCCCCUCCGCCGAGACCGCAUUACCUCAUCUGACUUGGGAAAUAGGACAUCGAAAUCAUUCGUCAAAAAGAAGGCAGCCUUAACACUUCUCCGGCUUUACCGGAAAUACCCUGGCAUCAUCCAAAACGAAUGGGCGGAGCGAAUAAUCUCGCUGAUGGAUGACCCUGAUCUUGGUGUUGCUCUUUCGGUCACUUCCCUGGUAAUGGCCUUGGUCCAGGACAACCCGGAUGCGUAUAAGGGCAGUUAUAUCAAGGCAGCGCACAGGUUAAAACGGGUGGUUGUCGAUAAUGAGUAUACGCCCGAUUACGUCUAUUACAAGGUUCCAUGCCCGUGGAUUCAGGUCAAGCUCUUGCGCUUGUUGCAAUAUUACCCCCCAUCAGGUAUUAUUCUCAGAUGGUAUCGGGCAUCACAAGCUAAACCAUCUAGUAGACGACAUAAACACACAAAGUAUGAUCCGGGAAUCUUUACAAAGAAUCCUUGAUACGGCCUCCGAUGCUCCGAAAAAUGUGCAGCAGAAUAAUGCACAGAACGCUGUUCUGUUCGAGGCUAUCAACCUUGCAAUCCAUCUAGACUCGGAAACGGGCCUCAUGACACAGAUUGCUGUGCGUUUAGGAAGGUUUAUUGUUUCGAAGGAGACCAACGUGCGAUAUCUGGGACUUGAAGCAAUGACACAUCUUGCCGCUCGAUCGGAGACUCUAGAGCCUAUAAAAAAACACCAGAGCACAAUCAUAGCCUCCCUUCGGGAUCGCGAUAUCAGUGUACGAAGAAAGGCGCUGGAUCUCCUUUAUAGCAUGUGCGACCCAACCAACUCUCAACCCAUUGUCUCCGAAUUGUUAAAAUACCUGCAAAGUGCCGACUUUGCCAUCCGGGAGGAAAUGGUACUCAAAAUCGCGAUACUCACGGAGAAAUAUGCUACCGAGUUUCAGUGGUAUGUUGAUAUCUCACUGAGGCUGAUCAGCAUGGCCGGCGACCAUGUGAGCGAUGAGGUAUGGCAACGAGUGAUCCAGAUUGUCACAAACAAUGAAGAGCUGCAAGUGUAUGCCGCCCAGAAUAUCUUGCAACAUGUAAAGGGCAUGCAGUGUCACGAAACGUUGGUUAAGAUUGGGGGCUACUUGUUGGGAGAAUUUGGGCAUUUGAUUGCCGAUAAUCCGGGCUGUAGCCCGAUUGAACAGUUCAUGGCCCUUCAGUCAAAGUUUAACGGAUGCUCCUCCGCCACCCGAGCGAUCCUUUUAUCAUCUUAUAUAAAAUUCAUCAACUUGUUUCCCGAAAUAAAACCCCAGUUGAUGCAAGUAUUCAACGCUUACAGCCACACACUUGACCCUGAGCUUCAGCAGCGUGCUUGCGAGUACUUAGCGCUAGCAUCGCUUCCGUCCGAUGAUCUGCUGCGUACGGUGUGCGAUGAGAUGCCCCCAUUUCCUGAGCGAACAUCGGCACUCUUGUCCCGACUUCACCAGAAACAUGCCGGGACGAGCGAUAAACGAACGUGGGUCAUCGGGGGCAAGGAUGCGAACACGGACAAAAAGGAAUUCGCCCUCACUCUCAACACUGGGCUUAAGCGGUCCUUCACGAAUGGUGCUGCCACUCCCACUACUGCUGACGGUAGCUUGCCAAGCCUUUCGAGAACAGGAACGCUCGCUCCGGCUCAGGAGCUUGCUGGUUUAGAUUUGAAUGACGAACCCCCAAAAAAGGCAGCCAUCAAUCUCGCAAGUACCACUCACCUGAGCCCUGACUGGCAUCUUGGCUAUAACCGCCUGGUCAUUCGUUCGGAAGGCGUUUUGUACGAGGACGUGCAGAUCCAAAUCGGACUGCGCUCGGAAUACCGCACCAACAUGGGUUGUGUGAUCCUAUACUACACCAACAAAUCUUCCGUAGCAAUAGGAUCUUUUACAAGUACAAUUAAUAAUAACUCCCCUGGACUGGUAACCAUCAACACGCAAAACACGCCCGAUCCUAUUGUCCCCGCGGACAGCCAGAUCCAACAAACCCUAAUGUUGGAGAGUACUGGCGUCUUUCCCGAGGCGCCAACAAUACGCAUUUCUUACCUUGCCGGUGCAUUACAAGCUUUGACACUCAAACUACCUGUGAUCCUUACAAAGUUCAUGGAGCCGGCGGAAUUGUCGUCUGAGGACUUUUUCAAGAGGUGGAAGCAGAUUGGGGGAGCCCGUGAGGCCCAGAAGGUAUUCGGAGUAGCGAUCAAGGGCCACACGAUUGAGCUAUCGAGAACCAGGAAGGUCCUUGAGGGCUUCCGAUGGGGUGUACUGGACGGCGUGGAUCCUAACAAGAAGAAUUUUGUUGGGGCAAGUGUGUUGCACACUACUGGUGGAAAGUUUGGUUGUCUCUUGAGGCUGGAGCCAAAUAUGGAGACUAAGGUAUUGCUGCCCCAUAUUCACGCUUCCGCAGCGUCACAGCUAACGAUAUCCCAGAUGUACCGGCUCACCAUCCGAGCAACGGACGAGAAGGUACCUCCGCCAAUGCUCAGGGUCAUGGAAGACAGGCUAUCGUUGGGAUCGCCGGCACCGGACCAUAGUAAUGGGGAAUGA